AUGAAAAACUUUAUUCUGAUUUUAGCCUUUUUACUUAUCUCAAUUCAAUUCGAAUCAUUAUAUGCUCGAAUAAUAAUUGAUCAUUCAAUAAAAUCGACAACUUACAAAAAUUAUCCAAGAGAUAUUCAAAUUAAGAAUGAUCAAGUUAUAGCUUUAAAUCAAGAAGCGGGAAAAGCACCACCACCACCACCACCACCAGAACCAACAAAACAAGAACCUCCGCCACCUCCACCCGAAUCAACUGUAAAACAAGAACAACAACCAUCUCCUCCUCCGCCACCACCAACAACAGCACAGCAAUUACCAACCGAACCACCACCAACUCAAACACAACCAGUGAAUGUACCAUCUAAUGUACCAGCAUCAGCAAAAGUGCAAGUUAAUGAACCAGCUAGGGUUUCUGUUGGAAAAUCUCCGUCAGGUGCUCCAAAUGCUAGCGCAUCUAAUAGCAUUUCAAAUCCUGUUUCUGGAAAUAAAAAUAAUCUUAUUGGAGUAAUAUCUGGAAUCUUUGUCUUCUUCUUCAUUAUUAUUUGUUCAUGUUAUUGCUUUAAUAGAAGACGGCGAAAUCAGAUUAUUAUUAAUAAUAAACUUGAUAAUAGUCGAAUUAAUAAUCAAACUAAUACUAAUAAUUUUGAUAAUCGAAUUAAUAUUGAUAAUAGUAGUCGACCCUAUAUUGAUAAUAGUCGACCUUAUAUUGAUAAUAGUAGACCCUAUAUCGAUAAUAGUCGACCUUAUAUUGAUAAUAGUAGACCCUAUAUCGAUAAUAGUCGACCUUAUAUUGACAAUAGUCGACCUUAUAUUGAUAAUAGCAACCCUUAUAUCGACAAUAGACGAGUUAAUAUUGAUUAUAGUCAAACUCAUGUUGAUAAUAGUCGACCUUAUAUUGACAAUAGUCAAAUUCAUAUUGAUAAUAGUCGACAUAAUAAUAGUCGACAUGAUAAUAGUCGACAUGAUUAUAGUCGACAUGAUAAUAGUCGACAUGAUAAUAGUCAACAUAAUAAUAGUCGUCAAACUACUUAUAAUAAUACCUAUUAUGGUCGAGGUCCAUCAAAUGGCAGAGAUGAUGGAUCAAGACAUGGUGGUCUUCAUGGUCAAGAAUUUAUACCAAACUAA